AUGGCUUCAGCCUGCGUUAAAACUUCCGGUGUUUCGCCGGCGGGGUACGGAUGGUCGAGUCCUCGAAUGUCAGACAGACGCUCUUUCUCCCUCGACGGAGAACAGUCUCAAUCUGAUUCGCAGACUGUAAACCAAGAUCCAGUGGUUGAUUUUGAGUUUUGUCACGAAGAUCCGGUGUCAAUGCUCUCCGCCGACGAGCUCUUCUCCGACGGCAAGCUCGUACCUUUGAAAUUCUCCGGCCCGAAGACCAAGCCACAUACGUCAACGGUCGACACGGCGGCAACCGAAUCUACAGAGGUGCUCAGAUCAUGCCGGAGACUAGAGAUGGAGAUCACCAGCGUGGAAUCAUACCUCUUCUCCCCGAAAGCUCCUCGUUGCACGACCAGAUGGCGAGAGCUUUUAGGCCUCAAGAGGCAGGAAUCUGUUAAAACGACUUCUUCUUCUUCUUCCUCCUCGAACCCCAAAACGUCAGCGUUUAAGCAACUGCUUCACCGGGGAUCUAAAUCCUCCGCCGUCUCGUCUCCGGCUGAUGCUUCUCCGUUGCUGAAAGAAACAGACAUCUCCGAAUCGAUCUCGAUCGCCUCUUCCCGUCUCUCCCUCUCAUCCUCCUCUUCUUCGGGUCACGAGAUUGACGAGCCUCCCAGGCUCUCGCUCGACCUCGACAAACCAAGUCCCAAUCCCUUCGCUCCCUCUCGCACUCAUUUACGCAGCGCCAACCAACCCAGGAUCAGAUUAGCCAAUCCCAGGCGUCCCUCGAAUCCUUCCGCGGACGGAUCACCAUCAUCGUCGGCGAACAUGGCCGCCGGGAGUGUCACUGUGACCGCCGAUAGUCCGAGGCUUAACGCAUCCGGGAAGAUCGUGUUUCACGGUCUGGAAAGAAGCUCGAGCAGUCCCGGAAGCUUCACCGGCGGACCUAGAAUGAAGCAGCACCAUGGAAUGCCCAGAUCAUACUCGGCUAACGUCAGAAUCACGCCGGUGCUCAAUGUUCCGGUUUCUUCCCUGAAAUCAGGCCUCUUCUUCGGACAGCUAUUCUCCUCAUCUUCGUCCUCUCCGUCUCCGGGGAACAAAACGCAGUUACAGAGCAACGGCGGCAAGAACCGGACCAGUCGAACCAGGCUCGAACCGAAAUGCGAGUAA